GCUCCGUGUCCACGGUGAAAACAAGGUAUCAUGGCAUGAAGGGGGGGGGCCGCGGCGCCUGUUUCCCCCUCCUUCGGGGCCGAAAGCGUUUGACCGUCGCCCCCGGCACCAAUCACGCCUCAUUCCAAGCGACACUGCGUCAGGGCCUAGGGCCUACUGUAGCUAGGGAAGGGGUCUACAUGGAUCAACCCCAAAAGUUGGGGACCCGUGGAGCCCUGUGAUGUCUUGGACUACGGGAGUUGGGAUGGACUUCGGGCCAGAGAGUCGGCAAAUGAAAGUCGGAUCGAAGUCGAGC